AUGCCGACGAAAAAGAGGAAUGCUUGCCGUAAUGUUUCAGAAGGGGAUAUCGCAGUAGUUUCUAAUGUUGUUGGAGAAGGACAGCGUGGAGGGGCGAGACCAAGAGGGGAUCCAGGCAUCAACGAUGCUCAGCCCCCGUCGUCACGUGCGAGAGUGAAGGUUCCUGAGGCACCCGAGUGGACUCUGCACAGCACAGUAGAGAGUGUUCUUCGAAGAAGAAUUUAUUCGCCAGUAAAUGUCAAACUGAAUGACUUUCUUCGCAAAAACUUGGGUGGCCGGGGCGUUGAAACAUCCAACGAUAAUGUCGGUAUAGAGAUGUUUGUUGUUGCACCUGAGGUGUACAUUCAAGAUGAAGAGCUGGUUGCUGAUUUAUAUGCGAUGCCUUCAUUCAAGACACUACUUGAGGAUAACAAAGCCUGGAAGAGACAAAUUGUUUUGAAUGACGCUGUACACAAACUGAAAUAUGCUGGUGUGUACUCUCUCAGACAGUGGGAUGAGUACGAUGAAAAGGAGCACGUCAUCCCGUUGGUGAGGGGAAUGCUGAACACUGCCCUCAUCAUUGCGAAGAACUCAUAUCCUGUACAGCGUGGAUUAGCGUUGGUGGGUAUGUACGAGUCUGUGUUUAACGCUACAUGGAGCCAUGUAGUGAACAUCCCUGGUGACAGUGAAGGAGUCGGAAUGGAGGUGAGGGUAGGCAAGCCGUCGAGGGAAUGGAAAGACAGCGAGGUGGACUAUGCUCUUCCUGGCACGGUAUGUGAGAAUGCGAAGAGCAUAAGUGCAGAGGGGGUGGCAGACCCGCAGGAAACACGUGUUGAGCUAAUUGUACUCAAUUCUGAACGAGGGUGGCCAUACACAUGGCUAAAAGGGAGAGACAUGUACGAUUGCCACAUCGGACCAGAGACUGAACGUGCGUGGCGCAUCAUUAAGCUUGAUAUAAACGAUAUGGUUGAGACUUGUGGUAGAAGUGCCAGGAAAUCUCACAACUGCAUUUUGCUUGGGACACCUGGCAUAGGAAAAUCUAUGGGGACUGGUUCGUAUCUCCUCUACCAACUGUUGCACUACGACAAGGAACGGCUUCCAGCUGUUGCGUACUUCAUUGGGAAUAAGGUAUUUAUCUUUGACAAGACCAGAGGCGAAGAUGAAAGACAUGUGGAGUACUACGAAAACUUUGAAGAUGGAAAAAGUGCUGUAAGGCACUUGUCGAUGCGUGUGAGGGGAUACAUUAUCUACGAUGUCCCACAGCAAGGAGAUGAACCGCCCCACGCGUUGCCCCAUAAUGCGUGGGGCAUGAUUGUGGUGACAUCACCAGCCAGACAAAACUUCGAAGGAUGGAAGGAACAACGUGGCGGGCGGUGGAUCAUUAUAAAUUGCCCCAGUGUGCGUGAAUUGAAGGCGAGGUGUGUAUGGAUGAACCGCAAUAAACCCAAGGAGGAUCAGCAGAAAGAAUGGAAGGCCAUCGAAGAACGUAUAAUUCAUUUGGGGCCAAUUCCUCGUUACAUUUUCACUCAUCUGGAUUACAGAAGCCGUCUGAGUGUGGCCGAGGCUGCAAUGAGAACUAUCAGUGCUUCCAAUGCCUCGUGGCUCGUGGGUGUAAGACAUCCCUAUGCCUGGAACAAUGAGCGCCAGUGUCACAGACUUGUGAAAGCUGUUCGCCUUGCACCAAACGGUUUCACGGAUAACUACCGCAACGAGCCACUGACGACUGCGGCAAAGGAGAAAGUUGACGGCUUUCUUGGGGAUGCUACGGAUUCACGCCCCCUUCCCACUCGAGUGCUGCUCCCUUUUUGA